AUGGACAACUUCUUCAUCAACGCGCUUGUACAGGCUGGGUCAUGUCGGAAACAUAGGGAAUGGCAGGGAAUGACGGCCAAUGCCGCCCUGCUACAUAAUUCUUGCCGGCCAAGGCGGAAGAGGGUGGACGAUGAGGAAGCGAAGGGCAGCAACGUGGCGCGUCGCCAAUUCAGCCGUGCCGCAAAACCGCGCGGCCAGCAGGCAGCCUCGCGGAACAAUGGACGCAAGACGCAAAAACCCAAAGAGAGCGAGGGCGAGGAGCAGCCUUCACUAGACCAAUUGAAGCGUCUGGUAGACUUUUAUGGCCCAAACGUACACUUGGAGACGUGGAAAGAGCAGGAAGAGAGGGAAGCGAGGGAAGCCGAAGAAGAGACGGAAACAAGAGGACCGACACUGUCAGAGUGGGGUGGCGGUGAGGACGGCGGCAACAAAGAAGGGCGCAUCCCGUUCCACGAGAGACACAAGCCGUGGCCGAACAAGGACGAGGUGGAAAGCGAGUCAAUCGGCGAGCUGGAGGAGCUGCUGGAGGAGCGUGAUUUGGCGCCCGAGCUCGCGUACGAGAUAUACUCGGGCCUGUCGUGGCCCCGCGCUGCGUACCUGUCCUAUAACACGAUCCGAAACCUGCUGCAUUGCUUGGGCGUCGUGAGGAAGCGCUCAGAAGCAUCAAUGAUGAGAUACCUGGCCGUCAUUGACGACAUGAAGGCGGCAGAGAUCCCAAUUGCACUGGCGGAUUGGAACAUGGCGAUUCAGUUUGCUGGAAGGUGCUUCCGCAAGAUUUCGAACAGCGAGGUAGAGUCAGCGCUGUGGCUGUGGCGAGAAAUGGAGCAUCAGGCCGGGACAAGGGGAAAUCACGUCACCUUCAACAUCCUCUUCGACAUAGCAGUCAAAGCAGGGAAGUACAAACUCGCCGAGAUGGUCAAGAACGAGAUGACAGCACGAGGUCUUAAGAUGGAUCGAUAUUUCCGGACGAGCACUAUAAUGUGGCGCGGGCUGUCGCGGGAUGGAGAAGGCGUGAGGAGAGCGUACAAGGACUUGGUGGAUGCUGGGGAAAUUGUGGAUACAGCCGUUUUGAACUGCGUCAUCACUGCUCUUCUCAAAGCAGGUGAGCCUGCCGCAGCCGAACAAGUCUUCUUGCGGAUGAAGAGUAUGCAAGGCAUGCGGGAGACGACGAAAAUAGCGCCACGAAACUGGCGGCAGCGUCGAGAGCUCGGGCAGCUGCUAAACAAAGCGGCUGAGCGUACACGAGGAAAUGCCGAGGCGCAUAAAGAAAUCCAGGAGCACUCUCCGGUGGGACCGGACUAUGGUACUUUCAAGACGCUCAUUCGGUACCACGGGAUGGAAUCUGGCAACAUCAACCGCAUCACCGACCUGCUGGACGAAAUGGAUCGCAUCUACAACAUCCCGCUCGAGGGUGAUAUGUUCUACUCGCUGUUCUGGGGGUUUCAGAAACACGGCGGCGAGCGCUAUUCUCCGUGGACGAAAGAGAGGCUGGAGGGCACGUGGCUCGCUUUCGCCAUGGCUCUCGAUAAGAAAAAUGAGGACAUAUGUUUGGAUCGCAGCAUCGCCAAGGUCAUUAUCCUGGCAUUUGCCAAAUGCACAGACAAGGUGCGGACGCUAGAAGUAUGGGAGGAGAUGAGGAAGAGGUGGAACCCUUCAGAAGAGGACCUAGAGGUUAUUCUCAGUCUUCUGGGGACUGCGAGGUACGCUCAGGCGGAGUCGACGCUCACAUAA